GCUUGACCUGGUGACGCUUGCGCAACGUGUGGAUUGGGCUAUGACGACAUCACCAGGAGACUCCAACAUCCAGUUGUCGAGCAGAGUUUCACGUCAACGAGCGGAAGUCGUGCUUGCGAAGCGACGACAGCUUGCUCUGGAAAUUACUCAGAGAGCAGAGGGCUUCGAGGUAGGAGGAAGUGAGGACGUGCUUGUUCCGUACCUACCCGUAACAUCGCGGUCUGCGCCGGAUGUGGCCUUCUUCGUGCAACAUGAGAUGCGGCAGAAGCCACACCGGAAUGCGCUCUUGGCCUCUUCUUCCACGGAAGACGAUCAGCCACACACAUACUUCUCUCCUGAAAGGAGUCGUGCAGGGUCCUUGGCGGCAGGCGUGGAUCAGUGCUUGUGCUCUAUGCGCAUAUGGCGGGCGCACGCACACGCAGCGAGUGAGAGCCAGAGAGCGCGGAUUUUCUGGCUUCAGCGACUGCAGGAAGAACUCUUGAGCCCAAAGGAGCAAGUGCGUCCCUCCGAUGACGCGGUCUCUCAUCCUGCUAACUUAUGAACAACAACACUGAAGUUGUAGUAGACUUAUGCUUAAGUAGAACGAAGUGGAUUUUUCAUUUGUUAAAUGCAGGGAGUGUGCAAGAAUGCGAGUGGUGUUUUCGCUUGCUCUUGUUCGCAGGCGUUUGAUGUACUUACUUUAUCAAUCGUCUCAUUGUUUCUCUUAUAUCGUUCUCCGCCGCCACCUAGCCAGCUUGAGCUACUUGCGCUUGAAAAUGGAAGAAUUGCUGAUCUUCUGGGUCGAAGAAUGAACUACGAGUUGGAGCGCCUGCAACCUCCCGCGAACUACGCGCCGUGGUGCAAGCGUGAGCGCGCUUUGUGGACACGGCGUAUAACUUCCGCAGAAAACGCCUUAGCAUGUGGGGAAAGCAACUCUGCAGUCACAGUGAAUGAACGGCAGCAGCAAGCUCGAGACGUCUUGUGCGCUCGUCUGCGCCGGGCGCUGUCAACUGCGGAAAAGCGACUCGAAGCAGGCUUAGACUUCGUUACGCAGGACAAGAGAACAAGGAAUUUUAUGCCCAGGAUGAUGAUUGGUAAAUAGACUGAUACUAGUCCCAGGUAGUAAUCUAACAAGAUUGUGAUUGAAACUGAAGGAUGAACUGUUUACACCUGGAUUCUCUUUCCUACAAGAUCAUGGAUAAACUUUAUCUAAGAUGUGAAACUUUGUCGUAAACUUAAGAAUACACCAGUUUUUGAUAUUGACGCAUUCAUCUUCUAAUCCCUCUGAGACGACGACGACUGACAGCAUGCUCUUAGCCAAAGUUCGGGCUUCGGGCCGCACGUUUCCGGUCUGGUUGCGAUCGGAAUGGCAUGCCCUGAAACAGAAAGACGCAGUUGGAAAAAGUGAUGGCCUUCUGCGUCUCGCCAAGAUGCUCGAUAAGAUUUUCCCUCGCAAUAUCGAGCCACCUUCCGUGCUCGUCUAUUCGAAGGCUUGCGUUGGAGAUCCUGAUGCUUGUAGGAGAGCAAGAAGGAUAAGAGCUGCUAAUAAAGAGGACAAAGAUGACCCUGGUACUAUAAUUUCAGGUUACAACAACUCUUCCUCUUGCAACGUUGAUUCAUCCUUUGUGUCGAGCCGCCUUGAGCAAGUGAUUGCCUGUGGUCAGCAGAAGGGGAAAACACGAUGUGCUGGCAGCCAGAAAGAUCUUCAUGCACAGGAGGAGAGUGGCCAGAAGAAAAACGACUUGCUGCUUUUUGCUGAGAAGUAUAAGGCAGCACUUGCAAGACAGGAAGGCGAGGCACGCGCAGCACAGAGUCGCUUGAAGCGUGCAUUAGCUCGUGCGGAAACACUUUUAUUCGCUGGUCCCCGUCAAGACCGGAAGCCAAGAAGAAGAAUAUGUAGAAGUAUUGCGUCAACGUCCCACGAAGACGCCGCGCCAUUCGUAAUGCUGCCACCUUUUGGGCAAACUUACGUGCACCGUGUGUGCGUAAACGGAGUUUGAUGUUGGCGCAUUUGGAAGACAUGCAUAUCCUCGUCCCUUCAUUUAAUCAAAGAGGAUGCUCAGAGCCAAGGGCAACAAUGCUUCUCAUUUUGCUUGAGGGACAGACUCUAUUUUUGAGGUGCAUCUGUCACUGGUGUGUUGAUAUUUAACCAGACGCGAUGAUGAUAAUUUUCCUCAAGCCUGAGCGUAGCUGCUAU